AUGGCAGAGGAGAGCAGCGACACGAGUCUCCCCCAGUUCCCGGCGGGGUCGUCACCCGCGCCCAGCCCAGCGGCGCCCCCAGUUCGACGCCGCUCCUCUGUCAACUACCGCGCUUAUGCCACCGAGCCCCACGCCAAGAAGAAGUCCAAGAUCUCCGCUUCCCGCAAGCUGCAGCUGAAGACCCUGAUGCUGCAGAUUGCCAAGCAGGAGCUGGAGCGCGAGGGGGAUGACCGGCGUGGGGAGAAGGGCCGCGUGCUUGGGGACCGCUGCACUCCCGUGGAGCUGGCCGGGCUCGGGGUUGCCGAGCUGCAGGAGCUGUGUCGGGAGCUCCAUGCCAGAGUGGACAAAGUGGAUGAAGAGCGCUACGAUCUGGAGGCCAAAGUGACAAAGAACGUCACUGAG